UAACAACUUUGCUUACUGCAUUUUUUAAUGUAUAGACUGAAAUGAUUUUGGUGGAAAACUCAUUUUCUGACAUGAGAAUCCUAAGUGAUCUCACCCACUCUCUUAUUAGCACUAUAAAAGUCGCCAAUACAUUUACAUUGGCUUUGGAUCCAAAUUAUUUCAUUUUAGUUAGAAAAAUGGAUGUUUUUCUGUCUGUCCUCCAAUUCCUAUGUUUCUUUCUUUUAACUAUUACCACUUCCUCAUUGUUCAUUAAAGCAUCUGAAAUAAAUGUUGAAAGCUAUGAAUCUGAUAGAAUAAUUGAUCUACCAGGACAACCUUCAACACCACCAAUUUCACACUUUUCAGGUUACAUCAAUGUCAAUGAAGAUCAUGGGAGGGCUCUUUUCUAUUGGUUCUUUGAAGCUCAAUCUCAACCCUCCAAUAAACCUCUCCUUCUCUGGCUCAAUGGAGGACCUGGAUGCUCCUCAAUUGGAGGUGGUGCUGUUGUUGAGAUAGGACCUCUUUUAGUCAACAAAAAUGGUGAAGGACUAAAAUUUAACCCAUACUCUUGGAGUCAAGAAGCAAAUCUGUUAUUUGUGGAGUCACCCAUUGGAGUUGGUUUUUCUUACACCAAUACCUCUUCUGAUCUCACCAUUUUAGAGGAUCAUUUUGUGGCCGAGGAUUCUUACAAUUUCUUGGUAAAUUGGCUACAAAGAUUUCCACAGUUUAAAUCCAGGGACUUUUUCUUAGCAGGAGAAAGCUAUGCUGGUCACUAUAUCCCUCAGCUUGCAGAGUUAAUCUUUGACAGAAACAAAGAUAGAAGCAAAAAUCCAUUUAUUAAUCUUAAAGGUUUUAUUGUAGGGAAUCCAGAAACUGAUGAUUACUAUGAUUAUAAAGGCAUUGUAGAAUAUGCAUGGAGUCAUGCAGUAAUAUCAGAUGAGCAAUAUGAGAAAGCAAAACAAGUUUGUGAUUUUAAACAAUUUCGAUGGUCUAAUGAGUGCUUUCAGGCCAUGGACCAACUCUUCCAUGAUUAUUCAGAAAUUGACAUAUUCAACAUUUAUGCCCCUGCAUGUCGUUUAAAUAGUACAUCCACAGAAACCAAAAAUGGCCCUGAAUCACUUAAAAAGGUGAAAAAUGGUUAUAGAAUGAAGAGGAUGAGAAGUUUUGGGGGCUAUGACCCUUGUUAUUCCAUAUAUGCAGAAGAAUUUUUUAAUAGGGUAGAUGUUCAGUUAUCUAUUCAUGCAAACAAUAAAAGAGGAAACAGUAAAAUAGAAUGGAAGGGUUGCAAUAUUUCCAUAUUCAAUACUUACGACAUCUCUGUUUUUUCGGUCCUACCCAUCUACACUAAACUCAUCAAGGGUGGCCUUAAGAUAUGGAUUUACAGUGGAGAUGCAGAUGGCAGAUUACCCGUGAUAGGGACACGAUAUUGUGUUGAGGCUUUAGGACUACCUCUAAAGUCUACUUGGAGGAUUUGGUACCAACAUAAUCAGGUUGGAGGAAGGAUAGUGGAGUAUGAAGGAUUGACAUAUGUGACAGUGAGAGGAGCUGGUCACUUAGUGCCUCUCAACAAACCAACUGAGGCUCUCUCUCUUAUUCAUUCUUUCCUAACUGGAGAUCAUCUCCCUACUACUACUAAUACACCUCCAUGAUCAUCAAUUCUCUGCAUUUUUAGACUCAUCACAAGUUACCGAUUUAUUAAAUCAUAUGAAUAUAUAAUAUGAAUGUAACCCUGCUGGUGUAUCAAUAUUAUUCAAUAAAUGAAAAAGCAAUCCAUGAAAUCUG